GGUUAUUCUUUUAAAGAAUUACCGAAGACAAAGUAAUGGCUUCUUUUUUUUAAUGGCUUUACAGAAUCUUAAAUAGAAUACAGUUUGACAUGACGGCAAAAAAUGUUGGUUUGACUUCCACAAAUGCAGAAGUAAGAGGAUUUAUAGAUCAGAAUCUCAGUCCAACAAAAGGCAACAUUUCAUUUGUUGCAUUUCCAGUUUCCAAUACCAACUCACCUACAAAGAUUUUACCAAAAACCUUAGGACCAAUCAAUGUGAAUGUUGGACCCCAAAUGAUUAUAAGCACACCACAGAGACUAACCAGUUCAGGAAGUGUUCUGAUUGGGAGUCCAUAUACCCCUGCACCAGCAAUGGUUACUCAGACACACAUAGCAGAAGCUACUGGCUGGGUCCCUGGUGAUAGAAAACGGGCUAGAGAAUUUAUAGAUUCUGAUUUUUCAGAAAGUAAACGGAGCAAAAAAGGAGAUAAAAAUGGGAAAGGCUUGAGACACUUUUCAAUGAAAGUGUGUGAGAAAGUUCAACGAAAAGGUACAACAUCAUACAAUGAAGUCGCUGAUGAGCUGGUGUCAGAGUUCACCAAUUCAAAUAACCAUUUGGCAGCUGAUUCGCAGGCUUAUGAUCAGAAGAACAUUAGACGAAGAGUUUAUGAUGCUUUAAAUGUGCUAAUGGCAAUGAACAUAAUUUCAAAGGAAAAAAAAGAAAUCAAGUGGAUUGGCCUACCUACCAAUUCUGCUCAGGAAUGUCAGAAUCUGGAGAUAGAGAAGCAGAGGCGGAUAGAACGGAUAAAGCAGAAGCGGGCCCAGCUGCAAGAACUUCUCCUACAGCAAAUCGCUUUCAAAAACCUGGUACAGAGAAAUCGACAAAAUGAGCAGCAAAACCAGGGCCCUCCAGCUCUGAACUCUACCAUUCAGCUGCCAUUUAUAAUUAUCAAUACAAGCAGAAAAACAGUCAUAGAUUGCAGCAUCUCCAGUGACAAGUUUGAGUAUCUUUUCAAUUUUGACAACACCUUUGAGAUCCACGAUGACAUAGAAGUACUAAAGCGGAUGGGAAUGUCAUUUGGCCUGGAGUCAGGCAAAUGCUCCCUGGAGGAUCUGAAACUUGCGAAAUCUCUGGUGCCAAAGGCUUUAGAAGGUUAUAUCACAGAUAUCUCCACAGGACCUUCUUGGUUAAAUCAGGGACUACUUCUGAACUCUACCCAAUCAGGUUCAAAUUUAGACCUGACCACUGGUGCCACCUUACCCCAGUCAAGUGUAAACCAAGGGUUAUGCUUGGAUGCAGAAGUGGCCUUAGCAACUGGGCAGUUCCUGGCCCCAAACAGUCACCAGUCCAGCAGUGCAGCCUCUCACUGCUCUGAGUCCCGAGGCGAGACCCCCUGUUCAUUCAAUGAUGAAGACGAGGAAGAUGACGAGGAGGAUUCCUCCUCCCCAGAAUAAAGACAAGAGAAAGCCUACGUUUCAAUAUGUGAUGCUCAUGUGUGUUUGUAGUGUGAGCUCUUGUUUUUGAAAUGAUUGCUUCAGUCUUUGCCUUUGUUUGCACUGUGUUCAGUGAAAACUAGAGAAACACAAUAAGCAAAUCACACGAAGGCUGAGAUGAUUGAGAUGAAAGUUAACAUAGUGUAAAUCAAAGUCUGACCAACAGCAGUAAAUGGUAUCACAAACAAAGCAUGUUUUCUGAGGAGAUAGUGGGGAGAAUCCCUGAAGAGUUGGCAGUGUGAGUGUAGCUCAUUUAUCUUCUGUGAGGUGGAAUUUUUGUGUUCCUCGCACCCAUGUAAUUAAUUCUUAGAAUUGAGAUUGCUACAUGGAGCAGUCCUUGGCUAUCGAGUUUUUGAUGUUUCCCUUCCUUGCCUGGACUGCCUUUGACAAGGUGGAAAGGAACGUGAAAAGUCCCCAGCAGGGGGAGCUGUGUAUUGAGGGAUCCAGAGGGCAGUCCUGUGGCCGAGGGGCACAGAUUGAACUGCUGAACUAGUUGGAGGUCUAGUUGAGGUGCUUUACGCAUCAGCUGCCUUAGACAGCUUCUAGAAAGGAGCGAGCGCUACUUCUUAAGUACUUAAGUGACAUUUAGAUAAUUUAUAGUAAAACUGAAAUUAAUUAUCAUUAUUAGCCAAUGCAUUGGUGCAUAGAAUUUACUAGGGCUACUUCUGGAAGCCAAAAUAGAAUAGCAUUUCCAUGUACGUUAAAUACUUUGCCCGCACUGCCUUUUGCCAGCAUCCUAAAUCUGGAGUUUUACAGAGAGGGAAACUGUAUCUUUAGGUUAAUCAAAGCUAUGCAUUUCAUACAGCUUUUUUAUUUAAAACAAGACAAAGAAACAAAUUCCUAUGACCAAACUGCUUGCCUACAGUUCCCUGCAGUAAUUGUGUGAUCUCUCCCAGUGUGCAAUUUGUGAAAAUGAACCAAAUGUCAUUACUUUUGUCUCAAAGAAAAGUCUAUUUCAAGA